CUGCACUCGCCUUUGCGGGGCGCGCCGCCCACGGGCAAACAAGCAAAACCUGCCCUGCAAAAAGAAAAAAAAAAGAGAAAAAAAACCACCUUUGUUCCUUGAUCCUGCACUAGUUUCCUUUUUAAGGUCCUGGACUUGGGUAGAAGUCUAUCUUGGUUUUCUUUGGCACUGGGAAUGUUAGUUUCCACCUGUCAGGACUUCAGAAACCUGGUGUGAAUAGCAUUCAGCAUCUUCUUCAGUCCUUCCCAGGACUUGCUUUCUGGACAUUCCAGGACUUGAUUUUCCCAACAUAUCUGGGAGCCUUAAAACACUCCAUUAUGAAUGUGACAAGUUUGUUCUCCUUUACCAGCCCAGCUGUGAAGAGGCUUCUGGGUUGGAAACAGGGAGAUGAAGAAGAAAAAUGGGCAGAGAAGGCUGUCGAUGCUCUGGUCAAAAAACUGAAGAAAAAGAAGGGCGCAAUGGAGGAGUUAGAAAAGGCUCUGAGCUGUCCGGGGCAGCCCAGCAAUUGUGUCACCAUUCCACGCUCACUGGAUGGCAGGCUGCAGGUCUCCCACCGCAAGGGGCUGCCACAUGUCAUUUAUUGUCGUGUGUGGCGCUGGCCAGACCUUCAGAGCCACCAUGAACUGAAACCGCUGGAAUGCUGUGAGUUUCCCUUUGGCUCCAAGCAGAAGGAGGUCUGCAUCAAUCCAUACCACUACAAACGGGUAGAAAGUCCUGUUCUUCCACCUGUGUUGGUUCCAAGACACAGUGAAUAUAACCCUCAGCACAGUCUGUUAGCUCAGUUCCGUAACUUGGGACAAAAUGAGCCUCACAUGCCACUCAAUGCCACCUUCCCAGACUCUUUCCAACAACCCAACAGCCACCCUUUCCCUCAUUCGCCCAGCAGCAGCUAUCCGAACUCUCCAGGAAGCAGUAGCAGCACCUAUCCACACUCUCCCACCAGUUCAGAUCCAGGAAGUCCUUUUCAGAUGCCAGCCGAUACUCCUCCUCCUGCUUACCUUCCUCCUGAAGACCCCAUGACCCAGGAUGGCUCACAGCCGAUGGAUACAAACAUGAUGGCUCCUCCCAUGCCUCCAGAAAUAAACAGAGGAGAUGUGCAGGCAGUUGCUUAUGAGGAGCCCAAACACUGGUGUUCUAUUGUCUACUAUGAGCUCAACAACCGUGUGGGUGAAGCAUUCCAUGCCUCCUCCACAAGUGUGUUGGUAGAUGGUUUCACUGAUCCUUCCAACAACAAGAACCGGUUCUGCCUUGGGCUCCUCUCCAACGUUAACCGGAAUUCUACUAUUGAAAACACCAGACGGCACAUUGGCAAAGGUGUUCACCUGUAUUACGUCGGAGGGGAAGUCUAUGCAGAGUGCCUGAGUGACAGUAGCAUCUUUGUUCAGAGCCGCAAUUGCAACUACCACCAUGGCUUUCACCCCACCACCGUGUGCAAGAUCCCCAGUGGCUGCAGCCUAAAGAUUUUCAACAACCAGGAGUUUGCCCAGCUGUUGGCCCAGUCAGUCAACCAUGGCUUUGAGACGGUCUAUGAGCUCACAAAGAUGUGCACGAUCCGGAUGAGCUUCGUGAAGGGCUGGGGAGCAGAAUACCACCGGCAGGAUGUAACCAGUACUCCCUGCUGGAUCGAGAUCCAUCUGCAUGGUCCUCUACAGUGGUUGGAUAAAGUUCUUACUCAGAUGGGCUCACCUCAUAAUCCUAUUUCAUCUGUGUCAUAAAUGGCCCCCUUCACCCCACCCCACCCCUCAUCCCCAGGAUUCUGCCUCUUUUGGAACUCUUGAGCCUUGCAUGUACUUGAAGGAUGUUUGAGUCAGACACAUUGACAAAUUGACAACAGGCUGAAAAGGAGCCUUGGUAAUACUUGACCUCUGUGACCAACUGUUGGAUUCAAAAACUAAAACCGUUGUAACAUACUGUCGGUAUCAAGAACUCAUUUCGUUUACAUUGUAACAUUCUCUUGUAAAGUCGACUGGAUGCAGAUCUUUCAGCGGGGUUUUGUGUAUCGCUCAAGAAGAAAUGGCCAAAUGAGGGACAAUUCGUCCGAGGGACAAGUGUUCCUAAGAGAUCCUUUUGUAUUUGGCACUUUGAAGGGCAUCGUUUGGCAGGUGUUUAGCAUUAAGCCGUUAGUCUCUCUGAAGUGUGUUUUUUAUCCGGUUGGGAGCCCAUAAUGAGAGUCUCCUUUUUUAUGGGCUUUUCACAAUAUUUUUUAAAAAACCUAUUUGUUUAGUAAGAGUUCCUGGGUUGUUCUUUUUUUUUUGUUUGUUUGUUUUUUUUAAAGUAAAGGUUAAUCUUGAUAUAAUGUGUAAUAGUCUUUCUAAAAUUUGUGGGCUGACCACACUGCUGUCACAAUAAUGUUAGCAUCUGCUCUCUGCUAAAUGUGUAUGUACAGUGUAUUUGGAAGUUUAGAAUUGAUUAGACUAGAGGAUUUUAGGAGUA